AUGGCGACAGCCGCAGCCCCAGUACCAACCAAAGACGGCUUUUGUUUCAAAUAUAUCAUCCAGGGUUAUGAUACAUGUGCACUGAUUGCCCAAAAGCACGGUAUCACCGCGGCUGACAUUGAAAGCUUCAAUAAAGACACCUGGGCAUGGCUGGGAUGCAGACAGCUAUACCAGGGUGACUUUAUCUGUCUCAGUGCCGGAAAGCCUCCUAUGCCAAUGGCCCUUCCUCAAGCCACCUGCGGCCCACAAGUACCCGGAACAGUACGACCAUCCAAAUGGAGCGACCUCGCCGGUUUGAACCCGUGUCCAUCAUCUAAAUGUGUAAGUAAACCUCAUACCCCGUUCUAUAGGACAAAUCCUAAUAGCCAACAGUGCGCAUUCUGGGGCCAAUGUGGUGUCUCUGAACUAUAUUGCCAAAAAUCAGGUUACCGUGCACCUCCAGCUGGUCCUACGGCCACCGUGAAAGGAGCAACAGAAGCUCCGAAAUCCCCAUCUACCAAAACAAACGCAGCCGGGAAACCCGCCGGCACGGGCGCCAACUCCAAAUCUAGCGCCCAGUCGAAGACUACCAAGGCUAACACGCUCAAGGUUACGACGACUUCCAGACCAACUACCACAAAAGCGACGACUUCUAAAAAAUCGACUACAAAAACGACGAAGUGGACGCCUGAGCCAACUGUAUCCCAAUACCCCUGGAACCCACCCUGGCAGAUCACGAUGUACAGCGAUCUGAACUGCAAGGGCGACUAUUACCAUCUUGAGGGAUAUAACCACAAAUUCCUCGAUGAAAAGGGCUGCUUGGCUCUCCACGGGGGAUCAAUAGCAAGUUCACUGAGACGGGCGUUACCUGUAAAUGGUUCACGGAAAAUGGUCUAA